AAAGGUGGUGGAGCAGCUGAGGAAGGAGCUGCUGGUGAAGCAGGAACCAGAGGCCAAGCUGCAGCUGCAGGUCCAGACUCCUCCAGCAGGCGGCGACAUCAAGCCGGCCAACCUGCUGCAGAGCCAGCAGAUACCUGGAGGACUGCAGCAGACCCUGACAGUCACGCCGGUCCUCACCACGAAGACUCUACCUCUGGUGCUGAAAGCUGCCGCCACGCCCGCCCUGCCCGGCUCCGUCCUGCCGCAACGCCCGGCCACCGUCGCUAUGGUAACCACAGCUAUCACCAAACCCGACUCGCAGAACGCCCCCAUCAACCUGCAGGUGGCCAGCAAGCUGACCAACCAGAGCUCGGAGCCCGUGCGGCUGGUAUCCAAGAACGCCAUGGUGGUGCAGGCCACCACCACCACCGCCCAGCCAAUCAAAGUUCCUCAGUUUGUCCCUCCUCCUAGACUGACGCCUCGACCCACCUUUCAGCCACAGGUCAGGCCAAAGCCGGCCACGCCCACCAACGUCCCCAUCGCCCCGGCCCCUCCCCCGCCCAUGAUGGCGGCCCCCCAGCUGCUGCAGAGGCCCGUCAUGCUGGCCACCAAGCUGUCGUCCUCGCUGCCGUCGGCGGCCCCCAUCCACCAGGUGCGCAUCGUCAACGGGCAGCCCUGCGGCAAGACCGGCUCCACCCCGCUGACGGGCAUCGUCAUCACCACGCCGGUCUCCGCCACGCCCACCCGCCUCGCCAGCCCCGCCCAGGCGCCCAACCCAACCCCGGUCCCCACCCCGACCCCCGCCCAGCCAAUCCAGAUCAGCAGCCUGACCACUGAGCCCAAGCUGUACUGUUCUACAGACUUAAACCUGCCGUUAUCUUCCUCCUCCUCCUCUUCCUCUUCCUCUCAGCAGACUGUUAAAUCAGGAGGAGCAGAGCAGAAGGCCGUCGUCAGCCUCCCUUCCUCCUCCACCCCGCCGCUGUCUCCACCUCCCAGACCCAAGAAGGAGGAGAACCCAGAGAAACUGGCCUUUAUGGUGUCUUUGGGCCUCGUAACACACGACCACUUGGAAGAAAUUCAAAGCAAAAGACAGGAGCGGAAGAGGAGAACGACGGCCAACCCGGUGUACAGCGGCGCCGUGUUCGAACCCGAGAGGAAAAAGAGUGCAGUGAGUUACCUGAACAGCCCUCUGCACCAGGGGACCAGGAAGAGAGGUCGCCCACCCAAAUACAGCAGCGUCCCGGAGCUGGGCAGCCUCACCCCGACCUCCCCCUCCAGCCCCGUCCAUCCCCUCCCCCUGCCCAGCCCCAGCUCUGGGGAUGGAGACAUCCAUGAGGAUUUCUGCACUGUGUGCAGACGCAGUGGCCAGUUGCUCAUGUGCGACACGUGUUCUCGUGUUUAUCACCUGGACUGCCUGGAUCCACCCCUGAAAACCAUUCCUAAAGGCAUGUGGAUCUGUCCAAAAUGUCAAGAUCAGAUCCUGAAAAAAGAAGAAGCCAUUCCCUGGCCUGGCACCCUGGCUAUCGUUCAUUCCUACAUCGCUUACAAAGAAGCUAAAGAAGAGGAGAAGCAGAAGCUGAUGAAGUGGAGUUCUGAACUGAAACUGGAGCGAGAGCAGCUGGAACAGAGAGUCAAACAGCUCAGCAACUCCAUAACGAAAUGCAUGGAGACCAAAAACACCAUCCUGGCUCGGCAGAAGGAGAUGCAGCUUUCACUGGACAAAGUCAAACACCUGAUUCGCCUCAUCCAAGCCUUCAACUUCAACCAAGCCCUGGCAGAGACGGAGGGUAAAGACGUCAGAGUGCAGGACAGUGCUGAGGCCGCAGGCGCCUCUGAAGCUGCACCAGAAGUCAACUCUGUGGAGAAGGCGAAGGCGAGCAGCUCCUCAGCCAGCGGCGGCACCGACGGAGGCGACAAACAGGAGGAGAAGGGAGCCGUAGGGAGCAACCAGACGCCCGACGCCGACGGCCAGCCCGACAGCACAGUCCUAACAGCGGAUAGCAGCCCCGGUGCAGGGGCGGGGGGUAAGGCGGGGCCUGGGGCCGGGGCCGGGGCAGGGGGAGGGGGUAACACAGGGACCGGGCUCCAGGCGGAGGUCGCGGCCAAGCCUGAGACUGAGGCAGCUCCGGUGGCUGACGUUCCCGCCUCCUCAGCGGUCGCGACUGUCGCCACCACCAACGGCACGACCGAGCCGACCUGCCCCGACCACAGCCCCGCGGCGGGCUGCACCGCCAACGCCACCACCAACUCUGAGAACAAGAUGGCUGCCGUCAACCCUCCAGAGACAGCGGUGGAGAAGAAACAGGAGGAGGUCACUGACAGUGACGGCAGCAACACCAACAACAGCAAAACCUCAGAACCCUCCCAGCAUUCUUUGCCAGCUCUGGUCAGCAGUUUGGACAAUAAAAAGUAAUGCUACGUCUCUGGAGUCGCGGGAAUUCAAACAUAUAUAUUAAAAAAAAAAAAAGACUUUGCUUGCACCGUAAGGUGCCCUGAAGUUGCCAAUCUGUAUAAAUGUUGUUUGUUUGCAUUGUAUUGUCAGACUGUGUCAAUGGUAGAUAUACAGCCCAAGUCACAUGACUCUGGGAAGACGUAGGCUGUUCCACCCACAAAGCUGGGCUACAGGAAGGCGUACGCACCAGUGUCAUCAUGCCAAUUAGUGAUAGACGUCAUGGUGGGAAUGCUCAAAGGGAGAUUUAAUUCAUCAUCACACCAGUGUGUGCCUGUUAUAGUGGCCCCUGUGUUCUCUGGUGGGGUGGGGAGACGGUUCACAUGGGUACAAAGAUAACCGAGAACAUGGAACCAAACAUCUGUCAGGGGUUACUGGUCUAAGAAGCAGUGUUGUGAUAGUAUGAAAAGAGAACCUGUUCAUCCCCUCGUCCCAACGAGCUUAAUGUGAACAACCUUCUGCAGUCCGAUGAUCUCCUCAACGUUUCAACAGUCCUGAACCUUAACCAUCAGUCCUAACCUGUCCUAGUUAACUCCCCUGAAUCCUAAACCAACCAACCUUCUGUCAACCCACGACUAAACCGUCCCUGUAGACCAGCAGCAGGAACCUGAGACUGACAACAAUUCAGCAUGACCUAAAGGGUUCAGUAUGCUUCAAACAAAGUGUCGUCUGAGUAGAGAUACCCAAAGGCAGCAUGACAUUUGCAAAAAAUGCAAUCAAGCCAAGAAAUGUGGGUAAAGUUUUCAGUCUCUCCUUGAAGAUGAUCAUAUCAAAAUUGUAACACGAAUGAAAAAUAUCUUGGACGUAAUCGUCAGAAAAUUAUGCAGAUUCUUCGAUGCAACCUUCUGAAUUCUAAUGUUGGGAAGCUGUGGGCGGAGGGGAACGUUGGACGCUGUUUGAUGACCUUUUAUCAACCACCGGCAGUAACUCUAACACAGUAACAAGUUUUCUCCAGUGCAAGACUUAACCCCGGCCAGCAAGCACAUCCAGAAUACAUUUGCAUGAUUGUUGGAUGUUUAGGUGGUGUUGGAAUAAGGGCUUACAGACACCCAACAAGCACUUAAACUGACAUCCUUAUCUUACCGAUCUUCAGCCAGUCAGAUAAUCAGAAGCAGUGACCUCCCCAUCCAUCCAUUAGCUUUCAGACUUCAUCCUGUAGAGUUGCUGGGGGCUGAAGCCGUUCUCAGAUGACAGGGGAUGGAGGCAGGUUACACCCUGGACAAGUUUCCAGUCCAUUACAGAGCAAAAGCAGAAUUUGCAAUUCUAAGAGAAAUUACAGCAUGAUUGCUGAAAGCUGUUGCAGCUUGUACGUUACAGUACAGGCACAAAAGAUUCUGGUAUCAAACCUGCAAAAACCUUCCCCUAGUCCCCAAAAAAUUGGAGUUUAUGUCCUUUUAACCUUUACCUUGCCUUCCCUUUGAAAACAAAGUGCUCGCCAAACAAGAAUCCUGCCUCCCCACCUCUAUAUACCCGUCAGUCUCUGCAUAAAGCCUUGCAGAAAGUGUUACAGAAGCAUACUCACACAUUUAAACUGACGUAUGCAAACAAGAAAAGAACUGAUAUAACCAAAAGACUUUAGGAUGCUUAAGGUCAACUGCUUUGUGCAAAGUUUUGUGUCAUUUACAACCUUGUUAAGGUUGUUUGAAGCAUGCCGAUGCCUUUGAAUAGAUUCCCAAACGUUACCAUCAACCUAAACCAUUGACGCACCAAAAAACUAGACCUGAAUUUAGCCCUAGCCCAGCUAACUGAAGAAUCUUUCCUCUCCCAGUCACCUAACAAUAUAACGUUAUCCACAGCAAGUAUUGGACGCGUGUUAUUGAAGCAUACUGAUACCUAACUGAGGUACCUGACUUCCCCAGUAUCCUCUGAUCUAAGCAUGAGCUUACUUUCAAAGGCCUGUGAACAAUUCGUGACCAUUUCCUUGAACCCGUAGGGCUUCAGUGUGCCUCCGGUCAACUGCUUUGUGCAAAGUCUGAAGUGUUGUUUACAACUUCGUAAAGGCCCCCUUAAGGAUACUGAUGCCUUGAAACAGACUUCGCCAACGUUAAAAUCAACUUAAACCGUCGACUCAACAAAGCAAACAUGACUACUCCAAAUGACGUGAACCUGAUUUAGCUCUGGCCUAGCGAACUGAAGAAUCUUACGUACAGAAAGUGUUGAACAUGUAUUAUUGAAGCAUUCGGAUACCUUCAAACUGAGGUACCCAACUUCACCAUCAACGACUGACGUAAGCCAGAGCUUACCUUCAAAGGCCAGCAAAUGAUUUGUGGCCGUUUUCUUGAACCCAGAAGGCUUCAGUGUGCUUCAGGUCAACUGCCUUGUGCAAAGUCUCGUCUGAAGUGUCGUCUACAACUUCUUAAAGGUCAUUUGAAGCAUACUGAUGCCUUCAAACAGACGUACCAAACCUACAAACGAGAGACAGUGACUUUCCCCUCCUGACUAAAUCUGAAUUUAGCCCCUAACCCUGCUAACAAAAGGAAUCCUCCGUCUCCCAAUGACCAGACCACCAACCAACAGUCCCAGUUACCCUGCCCUCUCCCCAUCUCUCCCCCACCUGCAUCCCUGAGCUCAGGCAGAAACGCCGCUGAGCGUCGCGUUCAGCAGGUACGGAGGACGAGGUCGAACAGGCGCCGUAGCCUAACAGAUGUUUUCAGUGGUGUCGGUCAAGUGUAGUGAUUGAGUUUUCAUUCGUGAGUCAAGUGUGUCAACUGUGAGCACUAAAUGUGAAAUUGCAAUAUUGCAAUGUCAACACACACAAACUAUAUCUGGGCUGUGUUUCUUUUUUAUAGGAAAAGAUAUUCAGGUCUUCCUAGUCUUCAGAAUAAGUGCUUUCUGUUCCUGAACCUGCUGGACUGGCAUUAUCAACACAAAAAGGAGUCCUCUUUUUGAAGUGGUGAUCUUCGCAUUCUGUGCAUUUCUGUUGAAUCCUGAACUGCCAAAACGAUGUUGUAUCCAAAUUCAGCAGGGACAAGUCCACUUACUGUUUUGAAAGAUCAAAUCAUUUGGCGUUGUAAGAUAUAGAUGCUACCAUUUCAGAAAUUGGAAGUCCCCAGAUUGAGACAGGAGAGCUUAUUAAACAAUAACAUUAAAGGAACUUUUUGUCCUUGAAAUGGAGGAUUUGUCGUACGAACCUGCUCCUGCAGACGGAUCUCAAAGGACGAUACCACAAAUCCUGAGAUUAAAGCACAAGCUUGCUGCAUUACAAAGAAGUGCUGAAGAGCUUUUUGUACGUUAAUAUGGAAUUAAACAGAGUAUGCAUCUCUUUGUUGUGAUGUGACUUAUCCCCACAUUGCCAAUAUUUUUCUAGGAGGAAAUACAAACCUCUGUCUGACAUUAAGGCUCAAGUCUAGUUCAUGUUUUCAGGAGGAGUGCCCGGGCUUCUGCCGUCUCAGAAACCCCUUCAUCCCCUCACAGUUAGACAUCUCUUUUCUUUCUGGAGCAUGUCUGGGCUGAAAUGUGACGCUGUUAUUCGUCGGCUUGGUGGCUGUCAGUUCGGGUCUGUCUUUGUCUGGUGAACUGAUCAUGACUUCUGGCUUCUUGUUGGGUACGGGGCGGUUACAAACUCUGGUCUGUUCAUUAACGGUGCCUCUGGUUGUGCUGGACUUUUUUUUGUUGUUUAUUUCUUUUUCUUUUUUGCUAUAUUGGAGCGUUGUUGCUUAAAUUUUAGCCGUCCAACAAUGUAUUUCACCCUUGUGUGACCCUCGAUGUGUUGAAGGUUCAAAUCUUCAAACCUGCUUUUAAUUUGUGUUGUUUGUCUUAAUGAUGAGAGCUUUACAGCCAUGCUAGCUGCAAGUGUUCACUUUGGGAACAUUUUAUGCAUCUGUCAAUGAAUCGCCAUGACAUUUUUUUACAGACUUCAUGACCUCCAGAGGAUGAACCUGACUGAUGUUGGUGAUCCUCUGGCCAGCGUUUUAAUGCGUCCAACACUUUGGUUUAUGACCAAACACCUGCAAAACAAAAGACAUUCCCAUCAGCCUGAGGUGGACCACUAAUUAGCUAAUGCUAGCACGCUAACAUGCUAAGCAAACUUGGUAAAUAUUAAACUUUCUGCAGACCUAGAGUCAAAAUAACAGACUUGCACAGGCUUCUUGCACAAGCUAGAAUCAGUAUGAGCAGAUAUGAUGAUGGUAUAAUGCCAGAGCUGCCGGAUGAUAAAAACCCCCACGUGGAGUUUUGCUGCACGUGUUAGCAUGCGACCGUUUUGCUCAAAGCAUGACUGUAUCUAAGGCCAGUAUUAUUUUUUCCAUGAGUUGGUAAGGGUCCACGAGUCGUAAAUUUUAGCAACUCCACAAAAAUCCACACAGAACCUCUUUAUGGACGUUCGCAUGCUGCCCAAAAUUUGUGUUUAUGUGGCGACUAGAGUUUGUAAAUGCAACAACUGUGCAUCUGUGGUGUCUGCAGCUGUCCAAAUAUGCUUCUGCGAGGGAGUAUAGUCGAGGCUUAAAGCUGCGUUCGGUUCACGUCUACGGUCAUAAAAUUUCCAAGUUGAACAUUCCAGAUUCCGAUCUCAAAGCAUUCCGACUCACAGCGAUCAUCAGACUCGUUUUCAGGUCGUAACUGGGUACAGCAACAACACUUAGCCAAAUAAAUGGCGGGUGGAGUUUGGUCCAAUUAUUACACACACACAGCUAACCACGAACGUUACAGAACAUUUUAUUCUGCGUCAUUUACUGGUAGAACCUCAGUAUAGUUUGGCUUUUAUAGAUGCUGCCAAACGAGAUACGUAAAACUGGUCAACCUCAAGAGUCGCUCUGAUGACUGUAUUUAAAAGAUGGACGCACCCACCAUGACAUGUGGACUACUGACUUUAAAUAUGGAAUUUUCAAUCGACAUCUUAGUCUUUUGAAACUGGACACAACAAGUGAGAGGUGGAUCUGACUUAAAACUGGAGGACGUGCCCAUUCGGGAGCAACCGUUCAAUCACAAAAAAGCGUGAUCUGCUUUAUCGUCUAUUUUCUCUAAAUGGGGCCAUAAUUCACAAAUUCAAUACCGUUCUAUAUUGACAGAGACUUGAAACUACAGUUUGAGACCGUAAGCACAUUAGUAAAAUGUUUACUAAAGUGGCAGAUCAAAUGAGAAGGCGGGUCAUUUUUGACUUGUUUUUGCAACCAGCGGAGUCGCCCCCUGCUGGCUCUUAGAAGUAAUGCAGGUUUAAGGCACUUCAAAGUUGACUUCAAAUGUCCGCCCCGGAGGACACGUCCAUCUUUUAUACAGUCAACAGUUUUGCUCAAGGCAUGACUGUCUAAAGUGGUGUUUUAUUGACAUUGGAGGUCAGAAAUGUUCAAAUUCGGAGCUACGUAAGCGAUUAACAAACUCGUCUUCAAUUAUCUGCACUGGCAGCAGAGCGUAACUGGAUACAGCAAUAAAACGAAGGAGGCGAAACGACGGAUACAGUUCUCUGAGGAAACCACACACAUACAGAUGACGACUAACAUAACCAGAUGUUUUAUUCUGCAUCUCUUACUGAUACAACCUCAGUACUGUUGACUUUUUCACACGAGGUGCAUAAAACCGACCAGACUUCUCAGAUGGAGCUCCAACCUUAAGGGUUGCUCUUCAAGUAGGAAGUUACAGGAGCUGCUAGCAUGGCUGUAGACGCUCGAUACCUCGUCGUAUCAGGAUGUUAUGCUGUUGAAUUUCAUGUGGGAACAGCAGAGGAAACGUGGGUGAACACGUUGUUGGGCGGCUACAAACUUCUUUUUUUUUUUUUUUCUUACUUUCAUAUCACAUGGACUCUGAAUCCGCAUAUCUGACACCUGGUUCUCUGACAUCAGCUGUACAAACUGCCUUCAUUCAGAAGAUCCCAGAACGUGUUUUGGCCACAGUGUGAUUGAUGUGAUUAGUCUGUGACGAAGAGUUUAGCCGUUGAAACACGGAAAAGGAAAACAAGAGCCAGAGAUGCAAGUCUAACAGAAAAUGGCAACUAAUGUGUCCUGAGUUCCUUAUGAGUAUCAUUAUUGUGUGUUUUGUUCUUUGUCGGCUUACUCGGGUGGAUGUUCUUCUUCUUCUUCUUCUUCUUCUUCUUCUUCUUUCAACAUGUCAGACUGUGUUCACUCGUGGAUAGAGCAGAGUAGUCAUCCAGUCUCUUCACUCAACAACUUUCAAAGAGCCCAAACUUGUUCCAGACAAACUGGACCUUUCCCUUCUGUACAGUAGGUACCUCGAGUGCCUUUCUUCAAACAGCAGAUAAUAUUUGUCUCUUGACUUGCACUGUGACUUGUAGAACCUUACUAACCCUCCGGAUAAUCCUCCCACCCGACCCGACCCGACCCACCCCGUCCCAGGAGCUCCCCUCCAGACUCCGGAGCACAAACCCGGUCCCUUCACCUCAGGCUGCCAGUAGUCAAUGCAAGUUGAAACUACAUUUCAUAAUAUGCCGUUUUAAAAAUCGACCAGAUAGUGUUUUGUUGUUGUUUAAAAUAGGAGUUGCCUUAAAUGUGUUUUAUUUUACUUUUUACAUUCAGGGGGGGGUUAAAAAAUAAAUAGAAGAGAAAAAAAAAAAAGACGCUGGCGGAGGUCGGAGGCAGUUUGGUGAGACGCUGUUGAUGAUGAUGAUGAUGAUGAUGAUGAUGAAGAUGAGAUCUCGCUCGGAGCUGUUUUUGUGAUGCACUUUUGGUUUGACCAGUAUUAUUAUCAGACAUCGGGAUCAGUCAUGCAUUUUCUAGCCGGACUCGGGAGCUCGUUUGUUUUAUUUUGAAAGGUCCGCCGUCCCCUCUGUGCUGUGGUUCUUCUUCUUGUGUUUUUUCGGAGGAGGGGUGAGUUUGCUAAAUCAGGUCAUGUGAGCCGGAGCCUGUGUGGAAUGAACAAACUUAAAAAAAACCCAAUUAGCAACAUCUGUCCACUCAGCGUGGUGGAGCGCAUGCCUUCUUAUGCAAAUUUUUAUACAAGAUUUGUCAAACCUUUUUUAAUAUGCAUUUUGCUUUUUUGUUGUUGUUUUUUAUUUUCAGUUUUUUAUGUGAAACUCAAGUCACCUUGCUUUCUUUCUUUUCUGUUCUUUUCUUUCUUUCUAUCUUUCUUUGAACAUUCUGGCUCAUCUCCGGAUGCCAAACGUUGCGCAGCUUUUGGCGUUGCGGUUCGAGAGGAGACGUUUCUUCCUGGCGUUGUGUUUUAUGGACGGAGCUGUAAAGGUUUCAGCCAUGGAUGUAUGAAGGAGAGCUUAGAUUAAACAAGAUCCAAAAACAAGUCCAUUGGCUUCACAAUUGGCACAACCACUGCAGGAACUUUCAAGUUGGAUUUAGGGCGGUCUGAACCUUUUACAUGUUCUCUGAUUGUGAAAACUGCCCCUUUAGAGCCUCUGUCAGGGCUGCUGGGGCAGGAUAAAGUACCUACUCCAAACUGCUGUGCUGGUCGUGAAGCUGAUUGGUUAAACUCAGAGAGGAUAUCAAGCGCUAUUUUUUCUGCUUUCUCGAUGUCCUCGUCCAGCAGCAGUGUUCAGCCAUCUAACAUCGAAAUGAACGAACAAAACAAACCUUGCUUGUUCUGUUUCCUGCGUGCUUAUCGAAGUGGAGUUAUUACCUGCUGCUGGUUGUUGUUUUGGUGCACACGGAGUGAACUUGGAGUUCCUGCAGUGGAAAGCCACCUUUCAUCAACUAACCGUUCAAAGCUCCGGUCAAGUUAAAGACCGAAAAGUAUUCAUAGCCGUUACCAAUGUUCAUUUAAAGUAGAUUUUUGUUUGACCAACAAGUUUCUUCUGGCUGGAAACGACAUGAACAAGAGGCAGUGAGAUGUUGUGUUAGAGAUGUUUAUGGUGAAUUUGAGCUGAUUUUGUGUUUUGACCAAUGUGAUCAAACGGUUUUUGUAUUUGCUAAGAAGCUUUUUGCAUGUCUGGCUCAUCGGCAUGGCCUUGGUGGUGAUUCUUCUUGGCCUCUACCAUUCUCCCCAGCACAGGGCUCACUUCUGGCUUCCUAUCAGGCCCUUUGACAUUCGGCUUCUAAGCUUUUACUCUCAUGUCUCUCAGUGAUGGACUCCCUAAGCUCUUUAGUUUUAGUCACCAUUGACGAAUAGAACUCUCUAGAAAAUGAAACAAAUGUCUGCUCUGGACGUUAUCAGCCCAUUAAAUGGCCUCUAAUCAUUGCACAUCAUUCCCAUGCAUGUAGACAGCCUAGCAGACCAGGAGACGAGUUAGUAUCCGUUCUGGUCUUUGAUAAACAGGAAGUACCCUUGAUAAAGUUGUAAAUAAGCGCAUGUAAAAUCUGUUGGUGGAGUCAAUGUAGACCUACAAAGUGGAGCUUUGGAACUUAGAAAGGUGUAUGUGAACCCAGAGUUAGAUUUUCUAACACUAACCAAGAUGCUCUGGUGCAGUAACUGAACCGUACACCGACUGAAAAACUGCAAAAAGUCAAAAAGAUAAAACUCUAGCUCAAAGCUCUCUGGUGAAGUCCAAUGACUUGCACCUCCAGCCUCCAAAUUCAGAGUUUUGCUCGUCUUUGUAAGUGAUAAAAUGAGGCUGUUCCACCAAUAACUUAGCUGAUUAACGCCCUACUGAACCGAUGACCUGCACACGUGUAUGGGGAUGAUGUGCAUUGGUAACGCCAUGGCAUCCACAUUGGGUGAUACCAAUUAGCAAGACCAUUUUGAUUGCUAUCAAAGCAACAUUUUCUUAAAAAAAAAAUUGCACCAGUGUCCAACGAUGAAUCAUUUUGGACACGGUAUUUUAAGUAAAACAAUGAAAUAGUUCAGAUUUACCAUUAACGUACUGUGCUAUGUCACUUGUUUGGGUCAUUUCCAGCCAAAAUUCAGUAGAAAUCAGUACUUUGCAUGGCUGUGAGUAGUUUUUUUGGAUUAACUGUGUGUAUUAGAUGCAUAAAAGAGACAGUAAACGCCACCUGUUGUCCAUCUAAUAAGCUCUCUGACUACAUCCAUGGCUCCAGCUCCGUAGUUUAGGUCUUAAUUUGAACUUGGCUAAUGCACCAUGCUGAAUGUUGGGAUCCCGGCAGAGCUGCGUGGAGGGUCGGGGGGCUCGAUCAAGUCUUAAAAAAUUGUUCCUCGCUUUCUAUUCCAAGCUCUAAAAAGUGAAUUUAUCCAAAGAACACUGCACACGUUGCGUUUGUUUGGAAGCCUUGUCGCUGCAUAUCAUCGUAGUUCCCCGCGUGUCAGCAUCGUGUGCAUUCACCAAGCUGGAAGACGCCCCGCUUUGAAAACAACCGACUCUGGUUCCCGUGAAGCAGCAGUUCGCUCCGACUCGAGUCUCUUUUCAUUUCUUUUUCCCUCCGUUUUUAAAAACGAUCAAGUCAUGAUUGUGGCCUUCUAGUAUUCUGUCGGUACAUGACGUCAUUAAUCUGUUGUUCCCGCUCAGCCGCCAUCCUUCCUUCCAUCCAUCAAUCCAUCCUGUCCGGACCCAACUGUACACCUGCAGCUUCUUACCUCAUCCACAGCUGAUUCCAUUUGGGGGUGUGUUGAGUGCAAAAAAAAAAAACAAAAAACAAAAAAAAAAAACCAUGGAAAAAAAAAUGAAAUAAAAGAAGUCUUUUUUAAUCUUCCAUUUGGUGAGAUGCAUUGUAGCGAUAUGAAUAAAGAAAAAGUUCACCUGGUGUGCUGAAUAAUGUGUAAAUUGGUAAUUACACAAUCUGAAUAUUUGUAUAAUUGUUUGUAUUUUUUCAUAAUGAUUUUGGAAAGGAAUGUGUUUAUUUUUUUGACUUCUGUUCCAGAUGUGUCUUCUGUUGGCCUGACAUUGUGACUGGUCUGGUGGGAUUCUUACCUCUGUAUUGAGCCUCUUCUGUGAUGAAUUCUUUGUAUGCAGUGUUUAGGAAAUACUGUAGGGAACAUGGGGAGGAGUUGAUAUUAGGAGCAUUUGAUCAAUUUGUAUUUAUUUAUUUUAUCAUUUUGUUAAUAAAUUGUGAAAAGCAGA